UAAAACGGUGUUACUGUGUCUUUAACCAGGUGAGGUCAGGGUGUGGUUUAUUCGUGCCAGUGUUUCCGGAUCAGUGUGCGCUAAUAAACAAUGCACGUUGACUAAAUCCCUCGCAGAGAGCGAGGUCGAGUCACGUCGGACUGGUCACCCCUGCUGACACUGUAGUGUUUAUAAUGGGCGGACUGGUCUCCAGUGUGCUGCUGUGCGUGACAGACAGGCUCCCACGGGUGGACUAGUCGGACUGGUUUGGACUGGAAGCCUUGUAUAGGAAAGUUAUGAUGGAGAUAGUUAUAACUGUAGCGCUUCUACUAUUGUGUUUAUCUGCGACAGAGGCAGUUAGUGAAAGUGAGUUUUCCGAAACGACCCUGUCAGCCGCGCCGGGCGACAUCGCUCAACUUCCGUGUUACACUCUCGGUAAUGUAACACCAUCUUUAACGACGUGGACGAAAAACGGACAAGAAGUCAUACGAGGUGGCGGCUCAUCCCCGAGCUACGCUCCCGCGGGAGAUCGCUUCACGGUGCUGUAUGAUGGGAGUCUGAGCAUCAAGGAGGUGAUACCUGGAGACGAGGGCAGCUACCUGUGCAACUCCAGGCUGCCAGGCAACAACACCUUUCAGACACGUGUCCUGCUUCAAGUCACCAAUGGUCCAGAAAAUGUAUCUGUGUCCAUUGGUCCUGCCACUGCCCUGUCCAACGGGACGCUCAUUACCUAUCGCGGCUCGAACGUGUCCUUUAACUGCUCUGGUUCCUCGUACCCCUCUCAGCAGCUGACCUGGGCCUUCAGGGGGGACUCGUCCAGCAACGACUCGCUGGUUUCAACCUCUGGAUCCUGGCUGGACUUCAGGAUAGAAGACAUUCAGCCCAGUGCGCAGGGAGUUUAUAGCUGCAUAGCCAACAACACGGUUUCUCAUCAGGAGGUGAAUAAGAGCGCACAGCUGUUAGUAUACUACAUCCCAGACAAACACCCUGAGUGUAUGUGGGUGGCAGCACAGUACCCCUCCCACAUCCAGUUUAACUGCAGCUGGUUUGGUGCGUAUCCCACCCCAACGCUGCACUGGGAGCAAGACCAGGAUGAUCAGGGAUCUAGCUGGAAAGCACAUGUCUAUCCAUCGGAAGUGACGGACAACCUGCGCUCCCUGCUGUCCACUGGGCGAACUGUGAGGUGCAUGGCCCAGCACCCGGCGAUCGCCCUGGGAAAGGAGAAGUCGUGUUUGUUAACCCUCAAGCCUCCAUUCCCUGAAGGUGAUCCACUGGCCAUGGCUGUGGAGGCGACCAGCAUAACUCUAACCUGCACUGAGACCUCGUCCAUCCCCCCUGCAAACACCACAUGGAGGAAGGGGCUCCAGCAGGAGGAAAUUGUAUCCGGAUCAAAGUACGUCCUGUCUGUGGAAGGCCCCAACUUCAAACUGACCAUAUUCAACAUCAGUAAGGACGACGAAGGCGUCUACUUCUGCCGCAGCGAGAAUGUCCUCGCCGUCAGCGAGCUGGAAGUCUACCUCACUGUGAAGCCUUCCUCUGUAAACACGGGAGUGAUCAUCGGUAUCUUUAUAGCUGCACUGAUCGUAGGAGCGGCCGCCGUUGUAGCUAAAACCGUUUACUCCAGCCGACACCAGAUUUGCCUGGGAGGUGGCUUUGGACAAGUGGACGACGACGGAGGCGAUGUGCUGAAUCUGGUGGAGUCCGACGACGAGCAGAUCUUUCAGGAUACAGUUCCCCAGCUGCCUCCAUUAACCAAUGGAUGCCACACAACCCUUGUCCAGAUACAUCGGAUCCCGUCAAAUAGUGAUCACGAGGAGGCAGAAACUGUUGACACAAGUCCACAGCAACAGGAAGAUACUGUCCAGACAGAAGAGCCAGUGGAUCUUGUAUCAUUUUAGAUGUGUGUUUUAGACAGGUGGUUUAUUUUAGGUAAGUACCUUUUACCUCCACUGAGAAUGUGAACUGGACUUGGGGGGAGGUGUCUAUGAAAACAGUGCUUUCAUUGUUUUUGUUUUUUUUUUUAUCUGUUUUUUGAAUUUUUGUAUGCUCUUUUCUAUGUUUGUUUUAAUUGUACAUUAUUUUCAACAUGUUGCUCUGAUAUUAUUGAGAUUAAUGGAGUAAAUGAUGCUGUUUAAAUAAAAUGUGACUGUUGGAGUCUUGUUGUGCGCUGGGAAAAUGGCUUUGA